CAUUCUCCACACCCUGCCCCCGGCAUUUUCAAGAUGACACACCUGACUGAUCAAAGCCAACAAGUAGAUACCUACAAGCAUAUUUUCUCAUCUUAGAAAACACAGAGCUUCCUGAAGGUAAAUGGAAGUGCUGGAGACCAGUUUAUUCCAGACACGGAAAGCACACAGAAUAGAACAAAUGGUGGCAAGAUGGCUCCGGCGCUCCCGGGACAGCUCGGCCCGGGCUAAAGAUGCUGCAGCUGAUGGACCCCCUGGGAUCCCAACCCAGACCAUCAUCCCUGUGAAACACACAGUAAAAAUAGACAAAGACGAUCUCCUCCAGGACUAUGGAUUUCACAUUUCUGAGACCCUUCCCCUCACAGUGGUGGCCGUCACAGCAGGAGGCUCCGCUCAUGGCAAGCUUCUCCCUGGUGAUCAGAUCCUCCAGAUGAACAACGAGCCUGCUGAAGACCUUUCCUGUGAACGAGCGGUGGAUAUUCUGAGGGAAGCUGAAGAUUCUCUUUCAAUCACAGUUGUUCGCUGCACAUCGGGAGUCCCCAAGUCCUCUUUCCUAACGGAGGAGAAGCGAGCCAGGCUGAAGACUAACCCCGUGAAGGUGCACUUUGCAGAGGAAGUGCUCGUCAGCGGACACAGCCAGGGUAAUUCUCUGCUGUGUAUGCCCAACGUGCUCAAGGUGUACUUGGAGAAUGGACAGACCAAAGCUUUCAAGUUUGAGGCACACACGACUGUGAAGGACAUCAUCCUCACGGUGAAGGAGAAGCUGUCGAUCCGAAGUAUGGAGUACUUUGCGCUGGCCCUGAGGGAGCAGUACAACAUCUCACGGCUGCACCUGCUGCACGAGGAGGAGCUCAUCCAGCAGAGCUGCAGCGAUGUGCUCCAGGAGCGCUUUGCCGUGGAAAUGAAAUGCAGCUCUGCGCUCCGGCUCGCGGCCCUGCACAUCCAGGAGCGGAUCUACGCAUGUGCCCAGCCACAGAAGAUCUCUUUGAAAUACAUAGAGAAGGAUUGGGGAAUAGAGAACUUUAUAUCUCCAACUUUGCUACGAAACAUGAAAGGAAAAGACAUCAAGAAAGCCAUUAGCUUCCACAUGAAGAGGAACCAGAAUUUGCUGGAACCCAGACAGAAGCAACUUAUUUCUGCUGCCCAGCUACGUUUAAAUUACCUACAGAUCCUUGGGGAACUCAAGACAUACGGUGGGAAAAUCUUUAAUGCUACUUUAAUGUUACAGGAUAGAGAAUCCUACAUUGCCCUUCUAGUUGGAGCCAAGUAUGGCAUUAGCCACAUUAUCAACAGCAAACUCAACAUCAUGUCCACGUUGGCAGAGUUUGCAAACAUCAGUCGUGUAGAGCUGACAGAAGAGUCUGAGAAAGUGAGCAUGGUCAAAGUGCAUCUUCAGGACAUCAAGGUUCUGACUUUGCUGCUGGAAUCCAACAGUGCAAAAGACCUAGCCUGCCUGAUUGCUGGGUACUACAGGCUAUAUGUCGACCCAGUUACCUCCGUUUUCCUCUGGCCGGGAAACAAACAACAGGUGCACCGGGUAUCCGCUGAAGAAGGCUAUGAAUCCAGGGCAUGCAGUGACUCCGAGGAGUCCUCUGAAGUGGACUGCGUGUUGGAGCCCCUCUCUGACGGACACCUGCUGAAGCUGGGCCCCUGCAGACCACUUGUAGAAGAGGAGCAGCCUCCUGGGGACAGCUCCACGCCUGAGGUGGCCGGGAAAGGCCCAAGCACCUGCGGGGCCAGCAGCAAAACAGACAGUGCUGAGUCGGAGGCAUCGGACUCGGCCAACACUGAGAGCCGAGGCUGCAGAACCAGUGGCUCGAGCGAGUCCACGGACGCCCUGGAAGAGGAUGACCUGGACGCCUGCUCCUCCAGCAGGUCCAGCUUCUUCCACCUGGGCUCAGUAGGCUUCCCAGAGAAUCUUGAUUCUGACAGCCAAGAGGAGAGAAGCAGGAUCGAAACCAGUGGCUUUCUCUGUCUCCUGGACCUGGCUCAGAGAGCCAACCCUGAGUGCCAGAAGACAGAGUUUUCUGAGAGUCCCGCUCCUGAGACCUUCAGCUGGGGACCGGAACUGAGCAUGGUCAGGCUGGACCCCAGGAUGUACGAGGGCAGCCAGAUUGACUACUACAACCUGUGCACCAAUGUCUCCCCCGCCAGCCACCUGAGCGACAGCUCGGACAGCACAGCUUCCCGGCAGGGUCGGGGCCUGGCAGCCUGGGCCCAGCAGGGCGGGCCUGAGGCCCAGCCCAGCUCCACGCUGCAAGCACUGGCCCCAUGCCUGCCGCUGGCCUUGGAGGAUGGCAGUUCGGAUGAGGAAUACUAUGAUGCAGCUGACAAGCUCACACCCCCAGAUGCCUUCUCAGGGCUCAGAGCUGCUUCUGCUGCAGACACCAGUGCCACAAGCUCACAGAAUAAGGCCAGCACUUGCAGCCCUGAGGACAGCCUGAAUCCUGGGCCAGGGGGAAGAGAGCCAAGCAGAAGGGGAGGGGUGAAGAAGUAUGCCAAGACCCUGAGGAAAAGAAGGUCUUUCCUACAGACCGACUACACCUGUCAGGUCUCAUUUCCCCUGAUGCCAUCAGCCUCCCUGGAGAGCGUGGACGACGUGUGCUACUAUGACCGGGAGCCCUACCUGGCCCUCAGUGCACCCUCCCCAACUGUGUCCUGUCUGCAAGAUGUGCAGGGUGAGCCUGGCCUCCUGGAGACCAAGGCCCUGGGGCUGCUGGCUCCCCUGAGGGAGACCAAGAGCAAAAACCCAGCCACCCGGGCCAUGGAGAUGGAGCCUGAGACCAUGGAAACCAAGUCGGUAAUCGACUCUCGAGUGUUUUCUAUUUCUGCCAUUCGCCUCCGGAUUGACCCCAGCCAUAAAGAGAAUUCUGGGAUUGCCCCUCUGACCGCCAGUGUUGCCAGUUCCCCAGCAAACACUCCUCACAGUCCCAACCCAGGCUCAUCUGGCCCAGAUACGGCUCAGCUAGGGCUUCCCCAGACCUUAUCUCCAUUUCAGGACUCGGAUGGCAGGGCCCUCCGAGAACUUGCCAUGGAGCUUGGGGACAGCACCUCCUCCCUCUCCAGUGCUGACUUGAACCCAGACAGAAUCUGCCUGACCAUCAGCCCAGGGCCACAUAAUAUCUCUCAAGGAGACACACUAGAGCUGGGAGGGGUCCAGAUAGAAAGAGGACUGGGAUCUCUGUUUACAAAUCAUAUGCAAGAAACUGCCCCCCAGGACACAGGGUCUCUGUUGUCUCCUCGAGACAGGCCUAGAAGUGGUGAAUGUGGAAUAAAUACAGAAGAGAAGAUGGCUUCUUUCCCUACGAAGGAGGAGCAGCAAGGACAACUAUCUUUGGAACAUGAUAGAGAAGUUACACACAAAAAUGGCACCAACUUACUUCGUGAUGAAUCUGAGAAGGAUCCAGCUGACCCCAAGGGUGACGUGUUGAAUGCUGUUCCACAGACUAUUGGUGUCAGUGCUCCAGCUGGUGGCAUGGUAGCCUCCCUCUCCUUGGAGACUCCUGUAACAAGGACUGAACAGACCCCACCACAUUCCCCCAGAGACCCCCAAGGACAAAGCAGAGAAACCCCAGGCCAAGCCUGCCAGGCCCAAGAACAAAAACUAUUGGCAGAGCUGGAUUUAGACCUGGGUUUCUUGCUUAGGGACCAGACCAUUUCAUCAGCUUUCCCUCUGGAGGAGGUCAAGGCAGAGCCACCUAACCAUGUGAUAGGGGAAGAUACCACCCCUAGGGACACUCUUCAGCAGAUCUGUUUGAAUCCAGGGCCUUCUCUGCCAGAGCCACUACCGUGGUCCCAAGAGGAGCCCCACUUAGAAGGUUCAAAUCAUUGUUCACUGCCAGAAAGCAAAGAUAGAAGCCCUAGCAUGUGCCUUCCUAAUGAGAAGUCUUUCCUGUGCUUUGCCCCAGAAAGCUAUCCUAAAGUUUCUGCCAGUCUCAGGACGGCCACAUCUUCGGGGUUUGCAGGCGUGAAUGAGACUGUGGCCCCUAGGACCGGGAUGGAGCAGUGCAGCUGCCAGUUCUCCUAUGCCACGUGCUUCCGUGGCCUGCAGCCAGAGAUGGAGGAGGAAGACAGGGGCCUGGAAGCACACCCCACAGUCCCCCUCACCUCGCCACCCUCUGCAGGAGGCCAGCUGGCCCUGCCCUGGAGGCCUGCCCAGGCCCACAGCUGCAGCACUGAGCCCCUGUCGAGGAACAGCCACAUCUGGCCAGAGUACUGCGCCAGGGCUCUGAGACAGCUGAAAGCUGCCCCUGCCAGCACCCCCGAGGGAUUCGUCCAACUCACGGAGAGCUUGCUGGAAUUACAGGACAUUUUAGAAGCUUCCUGGGGAAAUGGGAACACGCACCCUUCCGAGAAGUGCACCUGGCACUUUUCUGAAAGCCGGAGCCGCCUCUGCAUGGGCUCCCAAAAGCUCCUGUUGAGCUGUCAGCACGUGAUCAGAAUGGACCAGUCCCCCGAGGAGAUGCAAGGUGCUGUGCGCGACACCUUCCAGCACCUGGUCCAGCUGGCCAGCCUGUGCUUCCAGUUCACAGCCUGCAGCCGCUGCUCCACCCGACACAGAGAGGCAGCGGGGAACCUGAGGGAUGUGGUGUACACCUACCACCAGUUUGUGGAGGCCGCUAAGCUCACCUGCGAGAGAGGCUACCAUGACCUGAGUGUGAAACUCUUGGCCCGUCAGUGUACGGCCCUCACAGCUGCUGUAUUCUGUUUGACCCAGAAGUUCUGGGUCUCCACUGCCCUGUGAGCAGGCCAGUUGCCCAGACCCCCUGCCCUGCCCUGGACACUUCCCUGAGCAGCUCCUACCAUUCCUCUGCCCACCUCUCUCAAAUGUUUAUUAUUUAGAGUGUUCA